AUGGUUUCUGGAGAGAUUCCUUAUCCUCCUCAAGUUGUCCAUAUCAACCCCGUUCUUCUUGCUGCAUAUGAGGAAGGAUCACUCUCGGAUCACCUCAUGAGUUAUGUUGAAGGUCUCAUUGUUGCCAAGUCUCAGGCUGAAGAAUGGGAGCUCAACAGAAAUCUUCGUGUUGCUCGAAGAAUUGAAGAAGAAGAAUGUGCUGAGAAGGAAAGAGCUGAGAAAGAACGUGUUGAGAAAGAUAAGGCAGAAGCUGCCUUGAAAAAGAAAGAAGAAAAGAAAGCUGUUGAGAUGCAGAAGAGAAAAGCGGAGAAGGAAGCUGAAGAAAAGAAAAGGACCCAGGCUGAGCUUGAGAAGAAGAAGAAGGCUGUGCUUGCUGAACAGAAGCAGGCAGCCGAGAGCAUCAAGGCUGACAAAGCCAAAAGCGAAGCCGGGAAGAAAGCCGCCAAGGAGAAAUCUCCUGAAGAACAAGGUGGUAAUGAAGAAGUUGACCAAGAGAAGACCGAAUAUGAGAAAAUGAGGGAUGCUGCUCGUGUGACCCGUCGCGAGAUUGGUCUCAAGGCCCGAAAUGACCCAGCAGCCCCCUCGGAUACUGAAGAAAGUCAGGAUAUUCUAGCGCCAGUUAUUCCGAAGAAAGUUACCAUGACUCGCAAGGAAUUUGGAUUGAGAAUCAAAGUUCUUACUGGAAGAAGUCCCCCUAGUUCAUCGUCUGUGGCAGAUCCUCGGAAGAAGCAAGCUAUUGACACCCCUGUGCCAGAUACAUCAACUGUCAAGCUUACUUCACUCCUGGAGGAACAGGAACAAGCUGCAUCAUCACCAACAGUUAUGUCUGAGAAAAUCGCUCAGCAAGAAGAAGAAGGAGAUGAGGUAUUCGGGCAAAACAAGGAAGAGCUCGCUCGUCCUGAAGAACCCCCCACCAGCAGCUCGUUGCCUCGGACAGAUUCUGUGGAUGUUUCUGCAGAAGAAGGUAGAACCUGUGACUUCGAAGCUGAAGCCACCCAUGACCUCAACGUCAAUGAUGCAGAGACAGACGUAGAUUCCCCCGUGCCAACGCCGCAAGUUCAUGUGAAGAAAGUUGUUGUGAAGAAUGUUCAAGGCAGCUCAAGUGAAAUUGCUGGUCUUCACCACAAUCUGCUGCUUGCCGUCUUCAAGGGUGAGAAGAAGGACUUCGGAGAUUACAUUCUUCAGACUAUCACUCAUGCCUCUGCCGACCGUCCAAUUCCGUCGCAACAGCAGCUGAAGCAGCCAAUUCGUCCAUCUGAUUCUCAGUAUGAGACCAGCUCAUGCACGGAUGGCUCUCUGAAGAAUCUUGUGUUGAAGCUCUCCAAGAAGAUCGACGAUCAGCAAGACAUGCUCGGGAAGCAUGCAGCUCUUUUGAAGAACCAAGAGGUGCUAAUCAAGAAGCUGAUUUCCCGCGAAGACAAGACCAGUGGCAUGCUUCAAGACUUCUUCGCCAAGCACUUCCCAGACGUCAUGAAGCCUGAAGACAGCGAAGCCACUCCGGUCCAGUAA